UCUUUUGGCUAUUUCAUCAAACAGCUGGUGCUCAGUUCUUAAUCUACAGAUGAUCGUGAUGAACUCGAUCAUUGGUGGUGUUUCCAUACGCAUUAUUAAUGUGUAAACUAUUAUUUAUGGAUCCUACAAAAAACAAGAUGAAAAAAGAUUUUUUAUGUAUUUUUUUCAAUAUUCUGUUUCCCACAACAUGAGCAAAUUGCGCAUCACAGCCGUGCGGGUGAAUUAAUUUGUCCCUGCCUACAAGAACAUCAAGUACAAGGUGUAAUUAAGCUACCUGAGGCCAGUAGCAAGAUCCACAUCCCAAGCUCUAAUCAAUGUCGAUAAUGCCUGGGCAGACCACGCUGUAAAGAUUCUUGAUGCCUCCCCUCCCAAAUCUCUCGCAUUGUCAUCCACAAUUUACCACAACCCUAUAUAUAAGCAUGUCAAGAGAUCAUCUUCCUUAGAACCCCUGCAGCUCAUCCUGCAAUAGCCAAUCUCAUCGACCAAGCAUGGCCUAUCAAGCUUUCAACCUUCGAUCAAUCAGCUUUCCAUUUAGAUCCCGCCCUGCCACCCUCCGAGUGGAAGAAGAACUCGACAAGGUCAGGACUUGUGCCGCUUCCUCAACUACAGAGUCAGUUUGCGACGGGUUAAGAGGGCUCGGAGAAGUCUACGAAGAAAUCGAUGAGCUUCUCCGGCAACCCGGAAACCAACAAUCCUUCUCCCAUCCGAAUCAUAGGAAAUGGGUGGAGAAGGAACUCGACCUCUCUCUCCAGCUGCUAGAUCUCAGCGGUGCCAUUAGGGACGGUCUGUCGGCCACGACGGCCCAUCUCCAAGACAUUCAACUCUCCAUUCGGAGAAAAGAUUGCUCCAAUGCAAAGAUCAAAGCUUUUCAUCAUGUUUCGAUUAGUUUUCGCUCAACGAAGAAAAACAUCGCGAAUUCGUUGAGAUCGUUGCAGAAACAGACGGAGAACGGCAGAAAGAUCACGUCUUGCUCAGGCGUUGCGGCAAUGUUGGUAGAGGCGAGGGAGAUUUCUGUUUCCCUCUUUGGAUCCGCUUAUUCUUUGUUGACGGAGGCGACGGGGAAGCCGAAGGCCAGCAGGUGGUCGUCGUUUGUGACCAGGCAGCUGCAUCACAAGAAGGUGGCUUGCGGUGUGCAUGAGGUUGAAAGUGAAGGGGAAUCAUUGGUAGCUCUCCUCAGCAGCAUUCAAAAGCUGGAUUUUGAAUUGGAAUCUCUUUUCAGGAGAUUGAUACGAAAUAGAGUCUCUCUCCUCAACGUCCUUAGCUUUAACCGUUCAAACUGUGAAAAGAUGAAAUUUAAUUAA